AGUCCAUUGAGGGAGCGAGCCGGCGCCGCGUCGCUCGACCCGAUGUCACCAAAUACAUGAAAAUCAUAUUUCGAAAAUCGCAAUGGAACUGCUAAAGACGUCGGUUUUACGGUCGUAUUCUGUGUACAGUUAACGUGGCAACUGACUGUGUGUGUGCGUUUUGGAAUGAGUGGUGGUGUAAAUUUGGGGUUGUAUUGUGUAGGAAAUAAGGUUUGCGGUUUGUAAUUGAGAGUGAUAAAUAGUGGUCGGUACUGCAGCGGCUCGUGGAUAACCUUGACACGUUUUCCCGCGCUCGCCUCCAGCGCGUGCACUCUCGCUUGACAUUCGCAAAGAAAGUGCUAUCCAACCAAUUAGAAACUACUUCCUAGUGUAACUUGUGUGUAGCUGCUUGUUCCCGUCAUACUUCUAGUUAAUCUUAUAACAGAACUAAUUAACGAAAUAGUAAUCAAUAAGACUGUAGCAAGUUCGUUCUUACGUAAAAUACCUAGGUAUAUAAUAAAAAAUACUAUGGUAAAGUUUCAAAGUUAAUAAAGCAAUAAUGAUACCUGAUUGGCUGACAUUUGGAUGAGAAGAGCGUGUGCUUCAAGAUGAGAUUUCUGCUGGGUUUCGGCAACUUGGCAAUAGCAGUCGCGAUUCUCUCGAUAAUAACACUGACUGAUUGCGACCGGGUCACUGACGCGCCAGAAAAUUUAGAUGAAGUUCCCCGAAAAGUACCAGGAUACCAGAGAGAUGGUGAAAGUAACGAGAUCCCUCAGCCGGAGAUCUUGGCAGUACUCCACGCUAACGGGACCAGGUGCAGGAUAUCUGAGUACCAGUGCGGGAACAAGAGGUGCAUCCCCAUGAACCGAGUCUGUGACGGCAGCAACGACUGUGGAGACUCUUCCGAUGAACCGAGGCAUUGUACACGUUGCAACAAGACGUACUACGGCGACAUCGGACGCACGUACGAGCUGGAACUGCACCGGCCGCGGGAGGACCUGGUGCCCUACGUGUGUCUGCUCACCAUCACCGCCGCCGGCGGCGUGCAUGGCGACUUGGUGCAGGUCCUCUUCGACAGUUUCACCCUGGGCCGGUUCACCUCCUUCACCGAGGACGGCUGUCCCGACGGCUACAUGCAGAUCCAGGAAGCCAGCAGACCACAGGUCGGGGGCUCCUGGUGCGGCACUUCAUGGGGUCCCUCCAUCUACUACAGCGAGACCAAGUCUAUAACCCUCAUCAUACGGCUGCUACACCUGUCCAAGGAGCAAAACAACUAUAACUUCGACUUCCGCAUGGCGUAUAAAGUGUUGCGGCGCGAGUAUGCUACUGUCAGAUUUGGUGGGAACCCUCCUAUAGAGCGGCCCUUUUUCAAGCUACGGCCCAUGGCUUAUCCCGCGAAUGUAUCUCGCGAACCCGCAAGCAACAUGACGAGGCCGGCGCAAACACACGAAUACUACCUCGGGGAUUUGAUCUCAGGGACGUACUGCUCGCGGAUUUUCAGCGACUGCGAUCGUAAAAACUGUCGGCUCCAGUCGCCAAAUUUCCCCGGCGUAUACCCGAGGAACUUGACGUGCUACUACGCGGUGCGGCAGCACGAGGUGCCGGCCGGGAAGCACGCGCUGAUAGUCGUGAAGCAGCCGAACGGGCAGCUGGUGUCUAUUCGGAGUCAGAAAGCGUUAUACGCGACUCCGGAGCAGGAUCGCGGGAACAACGGGCGAGAGCUGAAAGUGUGGCAGGAUUGUGACGAGGUCCAAGACUACGUGACGGUAUACGAUGGGUAUACCACUCGAGACCCGGUGAUCCUGCGGUUCUGCGGGGGCGGGGUGGCUGUGCCCGAGGCCAUCUCCAGCGGGCCCGAGCUGCUGGUGGAGUUCACCACGUCGCCCUUCGGCACGUUCCUGCAGCCCGCCACCGCACAGGCGCUGCACGGCUUCCAGCUAGAGGUUGAGGUACGGUUCGUCGAUCAGCAAUCUCCGACGUACGCGAAGAAUAAGCGCGCAUGUGAAUUCUGGAUCCGCGGCACGGGGAAAGGCGUUUUGGAGAACCCGCAACAUUCGUUACCUCCGAACACGACGUGCCUGUACCACAUGCAGGGGAUCGACACCUCGGGCCCCACCGGCCGCAACAUCAUUUACCGCCGCCCCUCCUUCUCCGCACCGCGCUUCCGAGUUUGGUUUUCCGUUCUCAAAUUCUACGUAACAAAUCCGCUCAAUCCGAAUUUGCCGGAGGACGAAUACUGCGGGAGCCAUUUGAAUAUUUGGGACGGCCCCAUGAGGAUAUCGCCGGGUUGUAGUGACAUAUUCUGUGAUAAAGAGCGUUCCGUGCUGAUGUCCCGAGCGACGUCGCCUCAGUCGGUGAUCGUGGGGCGGCCGCCGGCCAACGCGACGCUGGUGGCGCGGUUCUGUCGCGAGCGCGCGCCGCGCACGUGUGAACAUGCCCUCAUGAGGAGGUCGCGGGCCUGCGCUCGCACUGAGAGCUUCCUCUCGAAGGGGGACUCUUUGACCCUCGAACUGAAACUGACUCAAGGAACUGCCCUCAAGCCAGUAUUCUUCAAAGCUCUGUACGAGUUCGUAGACCUGCAUCAAGACGGCGAGCCGUGGGGGCGCGGGCCCUGCUCCCGCAGGUUCGCUUCCCGAUCGUUCCCGGAGGCGCCGCCGGACCCGCCUGUCACUUUCUCUUCGCCCAGAGAUGUUUUCCUUUACGGGAGAGGAGGCUCUAGGAAUAUCAGCUGCACAUACCGCUUCGAGGCGAACCCCGGCGAGGUGAUCCGGGUCCGCGUGUGGGGCGUCCGGUCCGGCGGCCGGCUGUGCCGCUCCGUGCACUCGUCGCACUCGCCGUGGUUCCGCUGCGCCGGCGACCCCACUGCUGCCGUGAGGAUCUUCGACAAACCCUGGAAGAACAGCGGCCCGGGGAUCCCUAGGGACUGCUUGUGCAGUGAAAUCGAAGAAUACGAGUUCACAUCGACAGCAUCAGUGGCCGAGCUGAAGUUCGACGUCGUGAACAUGUCAGCGACUGACGACUUCCGUUCCUUCGGCUUCGAGGCUUCGGUGGAGUUCGUUCGCCUCGACACCAUCUGUGAAAACACUCGGGUUCACAAGGUGCACGGUGCUAGCGGUGAACUCAGAUUCGUCUCACGAUCGCCGAUGUCGGAAACGGAGCGCUGUGAGCAUGGCCCCUGGCUCAUAGACCCGUCGCUCGGCCGCUACCUGUACCUUCAAAUCCGCGGCAACAUCAUCGAGGAACCUUUCCUCAACAACUUCACUCUGCUCAACAACAUCACCGUGGCUCCAGACAUGCGCCACAUGUGUCGCACACAGAACAGAAUCGCCGUGUACGCUGGGGGAUUAGCACCGAUUUUCAUUUGUCCCGAUCCUUUUGAACAUUUGGACCAAGACGUAGUAUCAGUGUUCUCCGAUGGCUGGUCAAAGGAGGUGGAUGAGCUGGCUCGCCACGUGCUGGCGCCCGCCCCCUCCGCCGACCGCUUCGACCUGGACUGGCCCAGGGCUCUAGCUGUGGAGCUGUUCGCUAUAGAGCCUGGCAGUUACUUCGUGUCGUGGCUCGAACUUUCUAGAAGGCACGCGAGCCAGCACGGCGGGGUAUACGCCCUGUCAGGUGAAUGCGAGUACCGAUGCGAGUCUCUUGACGCGUGCAUCGAGGCGGCCCUGUGGUGCGACGGCGUGGAGCAAUGCCCUCACGGGGAGGACGAGAGGCUGUCGCAGUGUUCAGCGCUGCUGAGGAUGCCGGCUCAGUACGCGGCGGCCAUAUUGGCGUUGACUGUGCUGUUUGCGCUGGCUUUGAUAGCGGCAGCGCGGUCCUGCCGCCGGCGCAGGUCGGCCCUGCAGCAGCGGCUCAAGAGUCUCUCCUCCGACACCGCCAUCUUUGAUGAGAAAGAAGUGAUUUGCUGACCAAGCGAGGACUCUGUGCGAUACGUGGAAGUAGACCGGGUCACCACUGUCUGACUCCUGACUUCCUGCGCAGAGUCCCAUGCUCUCAAACUGUUACACUGUUCCUUCUCAGCCCUCUAUACGAAGCUCGUACUAGUCGUACUGUUAGUAAAUCAAUGAUCAUUGACCACAAUGACCAGUUGGCUCAAGAGUUGGCAAAGACUGAAACUAAAAACACGCAAUAGGCAAUUUUGCUAUUGAAUACGAAGUGACGAUGUUGAUUAAUUGUUCUACACACUUGUUAAUAUGUUGUGAUCUAGGUAGAUGAUAUUAUUACUGUACUGAAGUGGAUGCGCGUCUAGAAUACGUUUUGGACCAAGUGCAGCCGAUCGGUUUUCGAUAUUUUUGUUCUUAUAUUCAUUCGGCUGAUGAUCGUAUUUUGAUAUUUUAAUUAGUUAUUUAUACUUAAAUGCAUAAUUAAACGCACAAUGUUAUACAAGACACUUUAAGCCGAUCGGCUUGUGACGCGAUUGGAGUGAUGUAAUGACUAGUUAAUCUAGAGAAUUUGUAAAUAAUGGAAGUAGUUACUUAUAGUCAUCCUAUUUGAGGUUCGGAUAUAAGUAUAUUCGGUAGACGUACUUGAUAUAUCGUUGAGGCAAUAAUAAUAAAUUCUUUAAUUUGAGAAUCAAUACCUUAUGUAGGUACAUACGUAAUCAUUUAGGUUAUUUCAGAUCUGUGUUCAUAAUGUGUUUCAAAACGCAAAAUUCGUAUACGUGAUAUUAAACUGCCAUUUUUGUAAAGUUAGAAUACGAACCCACGUUUGAUGGUUGGAUACUUAGUUCAGUUUUCAAUGCGUCUUUUUUAUAUAAUUAAUUUCUAAACGAGUGGUAUCGAACCUUGUAUUUAUAUUCUUCGUGUUAGUUUUCGUAUUGUUAUAUUUGUAGAGAAUGUCCUACAAUAUGUACUAUCCCGUUACAAGUGAUGUAAAUAAAACUAUUCAUAUCUUAGCCAGUAUUGAGGUGAUAUCCGAUUAUUUCCCAAGGAAAUUAAUAAAGUUUAUGAUAGUGCAAGUUAACUAUUAGCAAUCUUAGAAUGUAACUACCUUUGAUCGUUUUGAAAAUAUGUAUGAAUAAUAUUACAGUGAAGAUGGAGAAUUUUUGUGUGUGUUGUCAGU